AUGAGAUAAAAUUAUUUUAGAUAAUAAAGAGGAUCUGCUACAGCAAAUUCUAAUGUAGUACCUCCACUUUAAAUUAAGAGAUAAUAAAGUACAAAUAAAAUUGCUGGAUAACCAUCAAUAGGGAGUCAUCUUAGACAAAUUAUGAAAUAAUAAUUUAUUCCCACUACUUCCACUAAUAAUAUGCAAAAUGAAAUAAUAAGAACACAAGAAACAUAAUUGUAAGAAGUACCAUUUGAAUUACAAGAUAUAAAAAUGUAUCAAAUUUUAAAGGUUCUUGGACAUGGUGCAACGGCAGAAGUUAAAAUGGCAAGGCAUAAACUGUUAGAUAUUGUUGUUGCUAUUAAAGUAUAUGGAAGUCAUGCAAAUACUAAUUUAUUAGAAUAAGAAGUUGUUAUAUUAUAACUUUUAUCUCAUCCAAAUAUAAUAAAGUUGUAUUAUUAGUUGAAAACAGAAUAAAAUAUAUAUUUGAUCUAAGAAUACUUUUCACCAAUGACUUUAGAUUCCUAUUUGAAAGGCAGAACAAUAAAAAGGUUAAGCGAAGACUAAGUUAAAAUCAUAGGCAAAUAAUUAACUAAUGCAAUAAUAUAUUUACAUAAUUUAAAGAUUAUACAUAGAGAUUUAAAAUUAGAAAAUAUAUUAAUAGAUCCAUAAACAAUGAAAAUUAAAUUGAUUGAUUUUGGUUAUUCCAUUUAGACAGAUAAAGAAUUAUCUAUUUAAUGUGGAACUCAUCAAUAUAUGGCUCCUGAAUUAAUUAAGUAAUAAAAUUAUGACAAUAAAGUUGAUGUUUGGGCAUGUGGAGUUAUUCUAUUUAGAUUAUUAACUGGUUUGUUUCCAUUUAAAGGAAAUAAUGAAAGUGAAUUAAAUAAAAAGAUUAUUGCUGGUAAAUUAGAAUUUCCAUCAUUCAUGAAUGCAAGUUCAAAAGCAUUACUUUAAGGAAUGUUAAAUAUAAAUAGCUAAUUAAGGACUUUGAUAGGUUCAGAAUUUCUUUAAUGA